AUGUUCGUUUACAAGCGAGACGGACGCAAAGAACGCGUGCAGUUCGACAAGAUCACGGCUCGCGUGUCGAGGCUCUGUUAUGGCCUCGACCCGGAGCACGUCGACGCUGCUGCUAUCACACAAAAAGUCAUCUCGGGUGUCUACCAGGGUGUUGGCACCAUCGAGCUGGAUAAUUUGGCUGCCGAAACUGCGGCCUACAUGACCGUUACACACCCGGACUAUGCCAUCCUCGCCGCUCGUAUCGCCGUGUCGAACCUCCACAAGCAGACCAAGAAGCAGUUCUCCAUGGUCAUCUCGGACCUCUACUACUAUGUCAACCCGAAAAACAACAAGCCCGCUCCCAUGAUCUCGCAAGAGACGUACGAAAUUGUCAUGAAGCAUGCAGAGGAACUCAACUCAGCGAUUGUCUACGACCGCGACUUCAACUACAACUUCUUCGGCUUCAAGACCCUGGAGCGCUCAUAUCUUCUGCGGAUCAACGGUAAGGUUGCUGAGCGUCCCCAGCACCUGCUGAUGCGUGUUGCCGUCGGUAUUCACGGCAGCGAUAUCGAGAAGGCCAUCGAGACCUAUCACUUGAUGUCUCAGAAAUACUUCACUCACGCUUCUCCGACUCUGUUCAAUGCGGGUACCCCGCAGCCCCAGCUGGCGUCCUGCUUCCUGGUCGACAUGAAGGAGGACAGCAUUGAGGGUAUCUAUGACACACUCAAGACCUGUGCCAUGAUCUCCAAGACUGCCGGUGGUAUUGGCUUGAACAUUCACCGCAUCCGAGCCACCAGCUCGUACAUUGGUGGGACUAACGGUACUUCCAACGGUAUCGUCCCCAUGCUUCGGGUGUACAACAACACCGCACGCUACGUCGACCAGGGUGGCAACAAGCGCCCGGGUGCGUUUGCCAUCUACCUGGAGCCGUGGCACGCGGAUGUCUUCGAGUUCUUGGAUCUUCGCAAGAACCACGGCAAGGAGGAAGUCCGUGCCCGUGAUCUCUUCUAUGCUCUCUGGACUCCCGAUUUGUUCAUGAAGCGUGUCGAGGCCAACGGCGACUGGACCCUUUUCUGCCCGAAUGAAGCCCCUGGCCUGGCUGAUGUCUACGGUGAAGAAUUUGACGCCUUAUACGAGAAAUAUGAAAAGGAAGGCCGUGGCCGUCGGACCAUCAAGGCCCAGAAGUUGUGGUAUGCCAUCCUCGAGUCCCAAACCGAGACUGGCAACCCCUUCAUGCUGUACAAGGAUGCUUGCAACCGCAAGAGCAACCAGAAGAACCUGGGUACUAUCCGCAGCUCCAACCUGUGCACGGAGAUCAUCGAGUACAGCGCUCCCGAUGAGGUUGCUGUCUGCAACCUGGCCUCGCUCGCUCUCCCCACCUACGUCGAUGCCGCUCGCGGUGAGUACGACUUUGGCAAGCUGCACGAGGUUGUGCAGGUUCUGGUGCGCAACCUGAACAAGAUCAUUGACAUCAACUACUACCCUGUCCCCGAGGCGCGCAACAGCAACAUGCGUCACCGCCCCAUUGCUCUGGGUGUCAACGGUCUCGCCGACGCCUUCCUUGCCCUGCGUCUGCCCUUUGACUCGCCCGAGGCCAAGCAGCUGAACAUUCAGAUCUUCGAGACCAUCUACCACGGUGCUCUGACUGCCUCGUCUGAUAUUGCUAAGGAGAAGGGCCCCUACGAGACCUACGAGGGUUCUCCCGUCUCCCAGGGUAUCCUGCAGUAUGACAUGUGGGACCGCACCCCCACCGAUCUCUGGGACUGGGCUGCUCUGAAGGCCAAGAUCGCCGAGACCGGUGUUCGCAACAGUCUGCUGGUCGCUCCCAUGCCCACGGCUAGCACCAGCCAGAUCCUUGGCUUCAACGAGUGCUUCGAGCCGUACACCUCGAACAUCUACUCGCGCCGUGUGCUUGCCGGUGAGUUCCAGGUGGUCAACCCAUGGUUGCUGAAGGAUCUGGUCGACCUGGGUCUGUGGUCGGACAAUAUGAAGAAUCGCAUCAUCGCCGAUGGCGGCUCGGUCCAGAACAUCCCCAACAUCCCCGCCGACAUCAAGGCCCUUUACAAGACCGUGUGGGAGAUCUCGCAGCGCAAUAUCCUCCAGAUGGCCGCCGACCGUGGCGCUUUCAUCGACCAGUCGCAGUCGCUCAACAUCCACUUGAAGGAGCCCACCAUGGGCAAGAUCACCAGCAUGCACUUUGCUGGCUGGAAGAUGGGCCUGAAGACCGGCAUGUACUACUUGCGUACUAUGGCCGCCUCCGCUCCGAUCCAGUUCACGGUCGACCAGGAGCAGCUCAAGGUCGAGGACACCAACGUCGCCCGCGGCAACGCUGCCUAUAAGAAGCGCACCGCUGGCAAUGGCUCCAGCUAUUCCGCUGUGCCCCGUACCAACGGCGCGGCUAAUGCUGCACCUGUUGUCAUCAACGGUGGUCUUGAGGAGAGCCCACGCACUCUCGCUCCAGAGCCAAUGGCCGCUGCUGCCGCCGUUGAGAACGGUGUGCUCGAGGCUAAGCCCAACGGCGCCGCUGCUUCGGAAGAGGAGGGUGCCGAUGAUGCCCAGACCGAGGCGGACAUCUUCUCACAGAAGGUGCUCGAGUGCAGCAUCGAGAACAAGGAGGCCUGCCUCAUGUGCCAGGGUUAG